AUGACAAGCAUAUCAUGUUUAGUCUGCUUAUUCCAUCUCACUUUUGAGGUAGAAAUCAGUAUUCCAGUGUCAGUUUUGGGAACAGUCUCCGUUGCAUUAGGUCUAUUAUUAGCUUUUCGGGUCAAUACAGCAUAUGACAGAUAUUGGGAAGGCAGAAAAUUAAUUCAGACCGUGACAGCAACCAUUAGAAAUGUAGCAAGACAGGUGUGGAUUAAUAUCCCUGAAGAAACCGAGCAAGAUCAUUUAGAAAAAAUGCGCUGUGUAAAACUUUUACUGGCUUUUUUUGUUGCCACGAAGCAUCAUCUCCGCCACGAGUACGGAACUCAUUAUUAUGACCUCGAGGUAUUGUUGCCUCCUAAAUGGGAGCCUGCAAGUGUCCAAAAGAACAAGGCAUCAGAGGAGCAACAAGAAGAUGUAGCAAACGGCAAAAAGGGUAAGAAUUCUACCGUACCCAAAAAGGCUAUGAGUAUCACACUGGAAAGCAAUGGUGAUGAUACCAGAAGCGUAGAUGGAUCCCCUCAAAAUGUACCACACAAAAUGCGAAUUUUCAGCAAGGCUCCUGCUCUCUUGGUAUCGCUUACUGAUUCAAUCAAGCCAGAAUCUCAUGGAGGUUAUAUGGAAUCCGAUGACCCAACACACAUAUCCAACGUACGCCGUUCGCUAGUGGACCAAGAGUUUCCCAACUCUGAUGUAUCACAUAUGUCUACUGCCUAUUUGAAAAGCACAAUGCCAGGCUCAGAGCUGAAUCAUACGAUUUCUGAAGAAGAGGAGCAGAAUGUUCAUUUAUUAGACGAGGGUGUAAAUUUGCCACCAGUCGAAGCUGUAGACGACAACGUUCCUUCUGGAUCUCGUGGCGUAAAUAAUGCAGGUGAUCAUAUCAGAAAUCGAUUCCGUCAACAUCGUCAAUAUAAAAAGAGAAACUUAGACCAUUCUGAAUUUACAAGUGAAGAAGAUUUACCAUAUCAAGGUGAUUCCGAUUUAUCGUUGCCUCUUGAAAUUCUUUUUCGUGUUGCAUUAUAUAUAAAUCAAGCAAAGGCCGCCAAUAAAAUAGAGUCUACCUUGGUUUCAGUCACUACAAGUUCGAUUGAUAUUUUGGUCAAUUCACUUACCGCCUUUGAAAGAAUCGUUCAUACUCCUAUUCCCAAAGCAUAUAACAUUCAUUUAAAACAAGCUGUUGUUCUGUACAUUUUCUUUUUACCUUUUGCUUUGGUAGAUACACUUGGUUGGCUUGUUGCACCUAUUGUAGCUAUUGUUUCAUUCACAUUAUUUGGUAUUGAAGCCAUUGGAGCAGAAAUUGAAAAUCCUUUUGGUUAUGAUGAUAACGAUUUGCCACUCAACAGAUAUUGUGAUGAAUUGAAGAAAGAAGUCGAAUAUAUCAUAUAUCAUAUACCUACUCACUCUACAAGUAUUUUGUUAGACGGUCAAUAA